CAGGAGGCGGAAGCGGUUGGUGCCCGCGUGGUUUGGCUGGUGCAGGGGGAGUCCGGCGGCCGGGCCCACGUAGACCCUCUGCCGGAGUCGCAGGCACCAUUGGAGCACAUGAGGAAGAAAAAAAAUGUCUCAAAAGCAGAUGAAGGAAGCUUUUGUCAGUAACCUCAAUGGAACCACCGUGCUGGAAAUCACCCAGGGAUUGUGCUUUCCUGCAUUCUGUAUCCUGUGCAGAGGAUUCCUGAUCAUUUUCUCACAGCACAUAUGUUCUUUUUCACAUACCUGGAAAACUAGAUUCUUCAUUGACUUUGUUGUCCUAAUAGUUCCCAUGGUAGCCACUUUGACCAUUUGGGCUUCAUUUAUUCUCCUUGAGCUUCUCACUGUAAUUAUCUUUGGGGCAGGGCUGUUCUAUCAAAUAUACCGAAGGAGGACUUGCUAUGCCAGAGUUCCUUUCCAGAAAAUCCUUGAAAAAUUCUUGAACAUCUGUGUAGAAUCAGAAUACAUUCCAGCUAUCUCCUGUUUCCGUGUAAUUACCAGUGCAUUUACUGCUAUUGCUAUUUUGGCUGUGGACUUCCCACUUUUUCCCAGAAGAUUUGCCAAAACUGAGCUCUAUGGGACAGGAGCAAUGGAUUUUGGAGUAGGUGGCUUUGUUUUUGGGACUGCAAUGGUUUGUCUAGAGAUCAGGAGGAGAAAAUAUAUGGAAGGGUCCAAAUUGUGUUACUUUACAAACUCAUUGUACUCUGUUUGGCCCUUGGUCUUCCUAGGAAUUGGACGAUUAGCCAUUAUAAAAUCAAUAGGCUAUCAGGAACAUUUAACUGAGUAUGGAGUUCACUGGAACUUUUUCUUUACCAUCAUAGUUGUGAAAUUGGUAACACCACUGCUUUUGAUUAUUUUUCCCCUAAAUAAGUCCUGGAUUAUUGCCCUCAGCAUUACUGUAUUAUACCAGCUAGCCCUUGACUUUACCCCACUGAAGACGUUAAUAUUAUAUGGUACUGAUGGUAAUGGCACACGGGUUGGUCUGUUAAAUGCCAACCGCGAAGGAAUAAUCUCUACCUUGGGGUAUGUGGCAAUACACAUGGCUGGUGUACAAACAGGGUUAUAUGUGCAUAAGAACAGAUCACAUAUCAAAGGCUUGAUAAAAGUAGCCUGUUGUCUUUUGCUGGCAGCUAUUAGCCUCUUUAUAUCUCUUUAUGUAGUUCAAGUAAAUGUAGAAGCAGUAUCUCGAAGAAUGGCAAAUUUAGCCUUUUGUAUUUGGAUAGUUGCUUCUAGCCUGAUCCUUCUUAGUAGUUUAUUACUGGGUGAUAUAAUUUUGAGUUUUGCCAAAUUUCUAAUUAAAGGCGCUCUAGUACCAUGUUCUUGGAAACUUAUCCAGUCACCUGUUACAAAUAAAAAGCAUUCAGAAUCUCUAGUCCCUGAAACUGAAAGAAGGGAACCCAGUCUUUGUUUAAUCACAGCUCUAAACAGAAAACAGUUAAUAUUUUUCUUGCUGUCAAAUAUAACAACUGGCCUGAUUAACCUGAUGGUAGAUACAUUACACAGCAGCACCUUGUGGGCCUUAUUUGUGGUCAAUCUCUAUAUGUUUUCCAACUGUUUUAUUGUAUACGUACUGUAUUUGCAAGAUAAGACUAUAAAAUUUUGGUGAUCAGCAGUAGGAUAUAUAAGUAUUUGGGCAAUAUUUAAUGAGGAAGAAUAUAAAUUGUAAAGAAAAUGUGUUUUUGGCAACAGUGUUAACCAUAUUUUAUUAUAAAAUAAUAGUAGUGAUGCUUUAUUUUUUUUUCUGGGACAGUCUCUCGCUCUGUUGCCCAGGCUGGAGUGUAGUGGCCUGAUCUCGGCUCACUGCAACCUCCACCUCCCAGGUUCAAGCGAUUCUCCUGCCUCAGCCUCCUGAGUAGCUGGAACUGGAGGUGUGGACCACCACACCCAGCUAAUUUUUGUAUUUUAGUAGAGGUAGGGUUUUGCCAUAUUGGCCAGGUUGCUCUCAAACUCCUGAACGCAAGUGAUCCACCCGCCUCAGCCUCCCAAAGUGCUGGGAUUACAGGCAUGAGCUACCACACUGAGCCAAUGCUUAAUAUUUUAAUGUAUCUCAACAACAAACCAAGAAGAAACAAAGCCUUGUGACUUGUUAGAAUGUAUGCUAUUCCGUAUUUUUAUUGUAUAUUGCUUUUACAAUAAAUGUAUAUUAAAUGAAAUGUUUAUGUUGACA